CCCAGGGCUCUGUAGCUGGUUAGGAUGGAAGGGACAGUAAUUAUCUUGGGUCUACUGGUGACUCUAGGUGAGACGUCUAUACGUGGAGGCAGAAACUGGAAAGAGAAGGAACCUCUAGAAUGGGCAAGUACGGGGAAGGCCUUGAACUUAACCUUAAUAGAAGGAGUGACUAGUACCAUUUUAGUUGAUUUUUGCCAAAUGGUGGACUGUGGGGACUUAACUGAAGCAAGAAGGCUCCAAUGGGCAGAUAAAUAUGUUUGUUAUAUUCCAAGUGGAACUGACUGUUCAGUAUGGAACCAGGCCCUGUGGACCACAGCACACCAAGAUUGGGGGUACAACAUUCUAGGCAUAAAUGGUUUAAAAGAAAGACUCACCAUAACAAAGGCAGCCAAUUCUCCCUGUACCCAUGGCAGAGAUUGCAAUCAAUUGCUGAUAACAUUAAAAGAACCUCAAAAAAAGGAUCAACGGUUAUAUUCUAUGGGAGCAUGGGUGUCGGGAACAGAUCCUUUAGGUACAUUUUUCCUCGAGGUAUUACCACCCAAUAAAACAAAACAGGAAAAGGUAGACACAGAAGAGAAAGAAGAAGACCAUACUAAGAUAGAAGUUCUGAGUAACACUGUAAGAUUUACUAACCUAACAGUAGAAGAUGCCAUAGCUUUGGAGACGGGUUACCAAGAAAAAAAUGAGUGGUUAGAAUGGUUAAGGUACACGGUUAAAACUCUAAAAAAGGAAAACUGUUUAGUUUGUGCCGGAGCUAGACCACAUUUAGCGACGGUCCCUUUUCCUCUAGAUUACAAUACAGACCCAGAAGGUUUAAAAUGUAUGCUGCGUUUAUCUAAUAAGAGUUAUAAACCAGAAAUAAAUUCUACCUGUCACACAUUGAGUUUGUUGUUUCCCCCAGUGCAGAGACCUCAGAUACCUCCAGCGGUUGCUACGUAUCCGGGCAAUUUUACUUGUUUUGCACUCCCAGGGAACAGUAGCGCGAUGGAUCUUGGGUCACUACCUGAUGACUGCUGUAUGGAGAGGAUUAACAAGGAACAUGGUGACUGGGUGGAACAUGACAUUCAGAGAGCUGAUGUCUGGUGGAUGUGUGGGGAUAAGAAACUGCGAGCUAGGGUCCCGGCCAAUGCCCGAGGGGAUUGUGCUAUGGUCCAGCUAGUUAUGCCCCUGAGAAUCCUGUCAGAACACCCGUGGACUAAGAGUCACCAACAGUAUCAAAGGGACACCUCUCCCAAAGGGUCAUUUGACUCCCAUAUCUAUAUAGAUGAGAUUGGAGUUCCUCGAGGGGUGCCGAAUGAGUUUAAGGCCAGGAAUCAGGUAACGGCAGGGUUUGAGUCUCUUUUCUGGUGGGUAACUAUAAAUAAAAAUGUUGACUGGAUUAACUAUAUAUACUAUAACCAACAACGAUUUGUAAACUAUACCAGGGACGCUGUAAAAGGUCUAGCAGAACAGCUGGGCCCCACCUCUCUAAUGGCAUGGCAGAACCGAAUGGCUUUAGAUAUGAUCUUAGCUGAAAGAGGAGGGGUAUGCAAAAUGUUUGGUAGCAUGUGUUGUACCUUUAUCCCCAACAAUACAGCCCCUGGAGGGACUGUGACCAAAGCCCUGGAAGGACUAACUGCUCUAUCGAAUGAAUUAGCAGAGAAUUCAGGUAUUAAUGAUCCAUUCACAACCUGGCUUGAAGGAUGGUUUGGUAAAUGGACUGGACUUAUCGCAUCAUGUUUGAUCUCAAUUGCUGUGGCUUUGGCCGUUCUGGUCACUUGCGGAUGUUGCUGCAUUCCCUGUGUUCCAGGACUUUCACAAAAAGUGAUCGAAACUGCAAUCUCAAGAACAAUGUAUCAAGCACUUCCUACCUCCGAGGAGACAUGUGUGGACGUUGAAGUUCAACUUAAUGACAUAUAGUCCGAAAGUGCAUAAAACACAGGGACUAUCAUCGAAAUGUGUUGAGAUAACAUAGCCACACAAG